AUAUAUAUAUACAUAUAUAUAUUGUAAAUACAUAUAUCCGAUCAAUUCUUACAAAAUAUAAAAAUAUGGCAGAUGAUAAAAAUGAAGAUACAAAAGACGAUAAAUGCAAAGAAAAUAAAGAUCAACUACAAAUGAUAGCUGCAGAAGAACGUUUAGAAUAUUUUAAAAAAUUAGAAAAAUGGUUACAUGAAGCUUAUGCUUGGCAGAGUAUGGCUGCAAUGUUUCCAUAUUAUUUAAUGUCUGGACAAAUAAUAAAUCCAUCAUCUGGUGUACCAUCAUUCUCGUCACAAGUAUCAAAUGUAGCAAAUACACAUAGGUUAAUUGUUGGCACAAAUGGUCAAGAGAACGAUCCAUUCCGACAAAGAAGGCCUCAAGAUCAUGUAGGACCUCCAUUCCAACCUCCUGGAGCUGAAGGCUUUGAAUAUCGUAUACCUCCAAUAUGGAAGAGAUUUGCAGCAGAGUUUAUAGAUUCAACAAUGUUGUUUCUUUUGAAGUUUUCCAUUACUUUCUUUGCUAUUGAUGUUUUUGAUUUCAUAGAUAUAGAUGAUCUAGACUUGGUACGGGCAAAUUUGAGAAUUGAUUAUAAAAUGGCUUUAGAAAUGACAUAUGGUAUAUUAGUAUUAGAAAUAAUUCAUCGUGUUAUAGUGUGCAUUUUUGAAGCAUUUUGGCUUCAACAUGGUGUAAAUGGUCGUAUUGGUGGUGCAACACCUGGAAAAUCCAUGAUGGGAUUAAGAGUUGUUCAAUGUCGUAGCGUUACACCUGUUGAUAGACCUGAUGAUCCUGAUGUUGUACUUGUUUCUCCAGGAACAGAUUUAGGUUUACCAUUAGCAAUUGGAAGAUCAAUUGUGAAAAAUAUGAUUUUAGCAUUUUUAUUUCCUAUAUGUUUUGCCUUAUUUUUCUUCAGAUUUAAUAGAACUGUUUAUGAUUUACUUUGUAAUUCUAUUGUGGUUGAAGAUCCUUACAGAAACUUAAAUAAUAAUAGACUUCAUCAACAAUAAAAUAUCAAAAUAUCAUUUAUAUCUAUAUUGUAUAUAUUGAAUGUGUGUACGAGCGUAUAUAAUAUGUACAUAACAUUUAAAAUUAUUGACUAUUGCAAUAUUAUGAAAUAUUUUUCUAGAUGUAUUAUGAAAGAUCCUAUAAUUUCUGGAUAUAUUUCUGAAACAAAUCUACAGGCUGUUCGAGAACAAUAUUUAAUUAUCUUGGAAUCCAUUAUAUUGAGAUUGUACAAAUUUUAUCUAAUACAGUUAUUAUUAAUAAAACAUUUUAUAAUUUA